AUGAAGGAGAUUCACAAGCCUUGGAUGCAUUGGCUUGUUGGAGGCCGAGGAGUGACGGAUCUCCUUGAUGCAGAGCUCAUCUCGGAGCUUACGGAGGCUAGAUGGCUCACUUAUCCUGGCUUCCCUCCUCUUUACGGCGCAAGUGUGCAAUCUGGUGAGACGUUCGAGAGAAUAGUGCUGGACUCUCUCAGAGUCUGGUUUACUAGCCGACGGAACAAGGACUUUUUGACUGAGAAAGGGGAGACUAAAAAACGUCCGGACAAUAUCCAGCGUUGGGCAACACACUUUUUCCUGACAAUCAACAUUAACAUUGCUGCUACCUCCAACAAUGCCAACAUUGUACCGUCGGAUCAUUUCUUCAGCUAUGAAAUGCUCAGAGGAUACAGUGACCUUCUGGAGGUAGCCAAUGUGCAAGACGCACAACUUGUUGUUCCAGCGAACAUACUUGCCGGUGGCAUUUUCAUGGGAACUCUCGAGGAUGGCAAGGAGGACAUUCGUGGAGGAGCCCAAGUCAACUUCGCCGUUCAGCAAUGGGGCGAAGGGGAUAAUCCUUGGGUUAUCCUUCAAAGCUCUGUGGAUGAUGCGCAUGGCGUAUGGACUGCUCAGAAGAUGUUCUUGGGAGAUGACAAACAGUCAGCCCGAUGUCAACUCUUUUCUGAGAAAACCUUCAACGCCUUGCAGAUGGUUGACUUUUGGAAUCCGAUUUACUCCUGGAGACGUCUCAAGUUGAUGCAGUACAUCCCCGUCGAGGCUGAACUCUUGGACACGCCAACUACCGACUCGACGACCGGUGACUACGUGUACAGUUACAACCUAGAGAAAAACUUCAUCGAUGCUGUCAGGAAGAGAGUGGAUGGCAAAGGGGUCCUGGAGGAACUCCAAGAUGAAUGGCCAGAGGCCGAGUUCUUGUGCAACUUGGAUAAGCCUCUCAUUGAGCAUCAGAUUCGGAUUUCCAACUACACCAACACAGUGGUAGAGAACUUGAACGACGCGACCUGGAUUCUGGAGUAUUUGAAGCUCGCGGAGUCUCGACGCCGCAUGUUUCGUCCGAUGCCGAUGAACUUUUUCGGUAGCAAUAUUCCAUACUGCCUUGCCAUGCCGACAGACCAUCCAUGGCUAGAGAUGACCGAAAAGGCUUCUGUACGACAAAUUCCCGAGCGAGGUCUUGACGUCUUGAAGGACUGGUUAGGAUCACUGGCUAGUAGCGAUCCAAACGUUAUCCCUAACCAGAGUCUCGGGGAUAUCAACAAACUUAUUAGGGAGAAUGUUGAACAAGACACAGUCGGUUUACCGGUUCAUCUUCUGCCUAGGCCGUCGACGAUGCGAAUGGCUUGUCAACGUUUCAUUGCGGUAACGAAUCCAGAGACAUCGGAACGGCCUCACAGUUGCCCUUUCAUGGUUUUGACCGACAUGCCUCGAAUGCGAUACUUCUACAUGGAUCUUCAGCUCAUCUCCAUGUCAAAACGUCUUACACUAUCUGAUGAACCGUCUCGAUUCUUAGCAGAGUAUCAGUGUAGUUCAAAUAUUGUCUGCCAGAUGAAGAGGGGCAUUCGCGGCUUUAUCGUGCCUCACCAUGAAAGAUGUCAGACGCGUUGCCCUUGCAAGCUGAUUUCAGUCGAGGCAGUCAGAAUCCACGAAUAUGGCUACCAAAGCUAA